CUGGGGCUGCUCGGCUGUCCCUGGGUUGCCUCGGACACAGUGUCGGGAGGGGGAACCACGUGAGGUGCCACCACCAACACAGCGCCGGGCCGCUCCCGGAACUGAAUGGAAGAUGGGGGCCGUGACGUGGCGGAGGCGGCGGAAGUGCGUGUGUGUGUUUUGGUCCGGCCGGAGGAGGCGGAAGUUGGCGGCGGCCCGGGUGAGAUACGGCAGCGCCCCCGCCCCUCACCCCUGCACCCGGCGGAGGAGCCGCCUCCCCUCACAGCCGCGGGAGCUAGAGAAGCCGCUGCGCCUCCCGCACCGCCCGCGCGCCCGGCUGCUCGGCACCGCCAGGUUGCUACAAGCAGUAAGAACAUCUCGGUUCACGUCCUGAAUUCUUUCCUCUCAAGAAUUUGAAACAAAGGACUUCUUUCUAAAUUGGACAUGGCUAAUCGAGGAGCAACAAGACCCAAUGGGCCAAAUGCUGGGAAUAAAAUAUGCCAGUUCAAACUAGUACUUCUGGGAGAGUCUGCAGUUGGCAAAUCAAGUUUGGUGCUUCGUUUUGUAAAGGGCCAGUUUCAUGAGUUUCAAGAGAGCACCAUUGGAGCUGCUUUUCUAACCCAGACUGUGUGUCUUGAUGACACAACAGUAAAAUUUGAAAUUUGGGAUACAGCUGGUCAAGAACGAUACCACAGUUUAGCACCAAUGUACUACAGAGGAGCACAAGCAGCUAUAGUUGUAUACGACAUUACAAAUGAGGAGUCCUUUGCAAGAGCAAAAAAUUGGGUCAAAGAACUUCAGCGGCAAGCAAGUCCUAAUAUUGUAAUAGCUUUAGCAGGAAACAAAGCUGAUCUAGCUAAUAAAAGAGCUGUGGAUUUCCAGGAAGCGCAGUCUUAUGCAGAUGACAACAGUUUAUUGUUUAUGGAGACAUCGGCUAAAACAUCAAUGAAUGUAAAUGAAAUAUUCAUGGCAAUUGCUAAAAAGUUGCCAAAGAGUGAACCACAGACUGCAGGAGCCAACUCUGCCAGAGGAAGAGGCGUAGACCUUACUGAACCCACACAACCACCCAAGGCUCAAUGUUGUAGUAACUAAACCUUCAGUUGCUUUAAACUGUCUUGAAUAUUCUUCUGCUUCCUAACUGUUAAUAACAAUGGAAUUGGAGUGUUUAAUCUGGUCCAAUGCAGCUUCCAAAACAGAAGAGACUAAUGACAUAGUCAAGUUUCUAAUACAGAAUUAUUUUGUUUUUAUCUUAAUUUUUAACAUGCAUGUAUCACUGGCUGUCAUAUUUCAGCAAUAGAGGGGAAGUGGAAACUGAAUAAACUUGCUUCAGUUGAAAGGUUUUAAAAAUCACUUGCCAUUAGGGAUAUAGAAGAAUUACAUUUAUUGAUCUAACCAGCUAGUCCUCUAUAUCCGGGUAUUGGUUACUGUUGUAAUUGAUAGAAUUGGGACUCUUCAAACGUUUCCAUUUGUGCUUUUAAAAAAAAAUCUUUCUAGAAACAGGGUCUACCGAUACUUUAAGCUUUUUUUGCAGUAUUCAUGCAACCAGUUGUUUCUGCAAGUAUCUACCAUUUAAAUAUGCAUUCCACAUUUUCAUAAUUUAACUGCAAACAAUACUUGCAGCGUUUUAAGAAUUCUGUGCUUGCAGAAAAAUGGAUUUUAGUUGUUACACUGUAUGUAAAUUAUAGUCAGCCCAGUGGUUUAAAGAAAAUAGUGAUUAAAAAUCAAGUUUAACUCCAUAUUUAUCUGUUUAUAAAGGCACAAACCAAUGAAUUCAACUUUACAGGAUUUUUCUUCACAAACCAUAAGAGCUCUCCAAGUAAAACAAAGACAAACUAGGUGUCUGAUUUUUUUUGUUGUUUUUGAUCAUUGCUGGCCAUUACACAGUUUCUUAUGUUUUUCCCCAAAGGAAAAGAAUAGUCAGUGCACUAAUAAUUAUGUACAUUCAACUUGAUUUUAAAUUUGGAUAUUAAUGUACUGUAAAUAGGGUACUGCAUUGUAGUCUACAUUUGUUUAAUACUUUCUGUAAUAUUUAAGAGUUGCUUAAAGGUAUACAAAAUGUACAGUUACUUAAAGCUAACUUUUCUCUUCCCCUAAUCUAAAGGGGUUCUGAGUUCUUCCUUUAUGGCUAGAACAGUAAUAAAUGAUGCUCCUGUACCUGUAACAUAAGUACUGCUGUCUGUCAGUAAUGAACUCUGCAACCUUGUUUUCCAAAGUCCAUUUUAUUUUGAUCUGUCCAGUCUAUUGCACUAAUUCUUUGUUAUUUUCAUUAUAUGAAAUUUACCAAGUGUGUCAGAAGACGAUUUAAUCUAUUUAAAUGUUGAACUGCUAGCAGAAACUUGUGCAGAUUGUAAAUUUGCAGUAAUUUGGGCGUAGCAAGGAAAAUGACAGUUCACCAGUGUUUAGUUUUAUAUUGAGGUGCUCAGGUUUGAAUAAAGUGGUUAUAAAACAGGAA